AUGUUUUGGGUCUGUCUGACUUUAACAGCAGCAGUCAUCACCCAGGUGACUGUGAGCUGUCCCUCUAAGUGUGUGUGCUCUGGGGGGCCCCUGCUUUGUCCCGCAGGUGUAAGUGUUGUUCCAGAUGGGUGUGGUUGCUGUAAGGUGUGUGCUGCUCAGCUCAACCAGGACUGCAGUCCCCUGAGGCCCUGCGACCACCAUAGAGGCCUUGAGUGCAACUAUGGCAAUGAUGUGUCCAUGGCUGAAGGCAUCUGUAGAGCCAAAACCGAGGGUCGUUCAUGUGAAUAUAACGGCAGGAUUUACCAAAAUGGAGAGAGUUUUGGAGCCGGGUGUAAACACCAGUGCAGCUGCAUGGACGGCACAGUGGGCUGUGUUCCUCUGUGUAACAACAAACUACCCGCAGCCUCCCCCACCUGCCCCUUCCCCAGACUCAUUAAGACCCCAGGGAAGUGCUGCUUCACAGUUGACUGCCACAAGGGAACCUGGCAUCUCCCAUGGCAAAAGAAGGUGCAGAGACAUGGACAUCACUCGGUCCAGCACAGGGUCAAAGAUCUGAUGCUGCCCUAUGACCAGAGGGAUGGCAAGCCUGUUCGCCGGAAUCAUUCUGGACUUCAUCCCCCGCUAAAAAAAAAUUUAGCAGUGAAAAGGAUGAAGGAAAAUAACUGUCCCAUACAAACCACCCCUUGGUCCCAAUGCUCCAGAAGUUGUGGAAUGGGCAUUUCAUCUCGAAUCACCAACAAAAAUCCAGAGUUGAGGAUGGAGAAAGAGACCAGAAUAUGCACCAUACGUCCCUGUCACAGCCUUAUUGUUCCAAAGAAGGAACAGAAGUGUUCGCCAACCCAAAAGGCCACCGGACCAUUGCGCCUGUCCUAUGGGGAGUGUGUCAGUGCCAGACUCUACCGACCCAACUACUGCAGUGUGUGUGCGGACGGCCGCUGCUGUUCACCUCGAAAGACACGUACAGUCCCAGUGACCUUUGUCUGUCCUGAUGGAGAGCGCUUCCACAAGUCUGCCAUGUUUGUGCAGUCCUGUAAAUGCAGCACUGACUGUGGUCAUCUCAAUGAAGUAGCUUUGCCUCCACAACACUGGAUGUAUGGUGACACGCACAAGUUCAUUGACUAG